AUGGACCACAAAACAAACCCUACUAUGACUUUGAAAGAGGUUUUAUGGCUUACAACAAUCGUUUUCAUGCCAGGAAGAAAUUUUUCCCUAAUUGGACACAACAUGUGGCAUUCUGGACUUGUGACAUUUGUGGCCAUUGAUACUGAAACAAAUAUUCCUCAUUCCUUCUUUCCAGAAUCCAAUUUUAAAAACAAGGUGGAUCAAUCGGAAUGGUUAAGUGACACCUUGUCUAAAAUUGAUAAAAAGAAAACACCUUGGGUUGUGGUUGGCCAUCGUCCAAUUUAUAGUUCUCAAAAUAUCUUUUCAGCUGCUGAUGAAUCAAUUAUUGGAGAAUCAAAAAUUCUCCAAGAAGUCUUUGAAGAUAUUCUCUACAAAUAUCAUGUGAAUAUUGCCAUGUUUGGUAAAGCAGGAAAAUGUUCCUGGAAAAAAAUCACCAAUCCGCACACCCAUAUACAAAUGCGAAUGCAUACAGUAGGCCAUGUUCAUAGCAACGAAAGAACCAAUCCAGUCUACAGAACUCUUGUAGAACCCAAUUUCGGGGAGGGGAAUCGAGAGCACGUUGUUGAAAAAAAAACAAAAAAAAUUAAAAAAAUGUAUUCGUGGACGAGUCGUUUGAGUAGCGUCCUGACCGAUGCAAUUUCGAUAUUAGGACUCAUGGCCAUUUGUUUUGGAGUUUCUUCCUAUUUCUUGGCUGCUCGGCCGCAAGAUGUAAACAUUCGGGUGGAAAUUGCUAAUCUUGUAAAAUUCAACAAAUUGGACUUCAGGCCACACUACAAUCCUGAUAGAGCUUCUUUUGAAUUUAAGCUUGAUGCCGAUCUUACUCCUAUUUUUAAUUGGAAUGUGAAAGUUUUGUUUUGCAUGCUUUAUGCUGAAUAUUCAACGCCGACUCAUGAGUUGAAUCAAAUCAUGCUAUGGGACAAAAUCAUUGAAAGAAGUGAUGUUCUUGAAGGGAAAGUGGACACACAUUUGAUUUAUAAUCGCUUGAAAGGAAAAUAUUCCUUAAUUGAUUAUGGCAAUGAGCUUCGAGGAACUAAUAUCACAUUGAAAUUCAGAUGGAACGUCACCCCAUAUGUAGGAUUAUCAUACGAUCAAGAAGUUAUUGUUGGAGAAUUUAACUUACCAAACCAAUACAAGAAAUAUCAACGGUCUGACUAUGAUCACAAUAAGAUAGUUUAUGAUGAGACCUAUGAUCCAAGAAUGAACUACGGUCCACUUGAGAACUAA